UACAGGAUAUUAUCUUUGGAUUGAUAUGGCAAAAGUGAAAAAUGUAAAUUCAUGGAUUUUAAAAAAUGUAAAUACGACACGUUGGAAGAGUUAUUAUAUUAGUCAAGCAUUUUUUUGAACUGAGCAAUUUUUUCCAUGGUCUCCCGUAUUUUGUUUGAGCGUGUACAAUUUUAUUUUGAUAUUUUGAAAUGAUACAGCCGAUGAAUAGUGAAUUUGUUAGAUAAUGCAGACUAAUGACUAAGCUUACUCCUAUUAAACCUUGGGAAAGAGACUUCGCUGGGACCUUGGGCAUUGAUCAAAGAAUAAGAAUGGAGAGCUCGGCCACGCUGCCCACGGUGAUGGGUCCUGCGAGGCCCACGAGGGUCCAGCAGGUGCCUUCGGUGCCGGCGCGGCCCUGGCUGGGCAGAUCGCAGCCGCGGCCGAACGGCUACGGCUACGGCACGUCAAGCCCGUACGUGAUGGGAGGCUACGGGAGCUACGGAGGGUACGGCGGCAGCUAUGGUGGUUACGGCGGCAGCUAUGGCGGUUACGGAGCUUAUGGUGGCUACAGAGGGUACGGAGCGAACCGUUUUGGAGGGCCAGGUGCAGAAGAUUCAGAGAACAGGUUCAUUCAGCUUGCAGAGGAAGCCACUCGACCGGCAUUUGACUCCAUCCAGUCAGUGGUUGAUGCUUUCGGAUCGGUUAGCUUCAUGCUGGAUUCCACCUACCAAGCUGUCGUGCACACGUUCAGAGCUGUUCUGGGCAUCGCGGAACACCUGGGUCAGCUGAGGUCCAUAUUCGCUGCCCUGAAUGUUUUCCGCCUCGUCCGCUGGGCGUACAGGAAGCUGUGUCAAAUAUUAGGUGUCAGUACUGCCGCCAGCCGGGAAUCCAUAUGGAAUGACGUCGCGGCCGCGGGGGACAGCGCAGCAAUAGACUCGGCCAUGGUAGAACAUGCCGCACCCAGGUGGCCCAUAUUCGUGUACUUCACCAUAGUCGUGUCGGGGCCGCUGCUGAUGUGGCGGUUGUUGAAGUCCCUCAAUUUCGGCCCUGCAGUCAACAGCAGAACCUGGGACCCGAGGAUGGAGCCGUCGUCGCAGUACGCGGUGGUCACGUACCCGUUCACCGCGCAGACCAACAGGGAGCUGAGCGUCGGCGCCGGCAAGAUGGUCGGCCUCGCCCCGAACCAGUACCAGGCCGACUGGUCGGCCGGGUGGGCGCUGGUGACGGCAGACCGCAGGACCGCGGGGCUGGUGCCGCUCAACUACAUGCAGCAGGUGCAGUACGCGCCCAACUCCAGAUCAGCAACAACCACUAGAACCAUGUCAGAUGCAGCAGCUACCGCAAGCAAAGAGACUUCAGCGCAGCAGGCAACGAACACUUUCCCAUUAGUCAAUGACGUAAACGCACCACAAGUACCUGUUUUCACCCCUGUACACUCCACUUCCAUCCAGAGUAAUUCAGGAUCAUUCGACGGUUCAAGCUUGACGGUACCCGUGGCAGUGAGUGCGACCUCGAAGCUUGAUCCUGCGGAGGCGUCUCAGGUCGACGGGCUGCCGGCGCCGGCUGCGAUAGAGGAAGAGCCGUUGGGUGGGGUCGGAAGGCAAGAGAAGGAGAUUUCCUCAGAAGUAAUCAAAGCGAAGCAGACAUAGAUGUCCGGUAAGCAGUCACGUGCCACUGACGAAUCAUGUGAUUUGAAUGAAGUGGCUCGAGAUUUGCUGCUUUUUGCUUUAAGUUACCAACGUAAACAAAAUGUGGACUCCUCUUGGUAAUUUAGGUUACGUGAGGUGUAUGAAGAUUGGAUUUUUAUAUACACAAGCAAGAAGUAAAUGUACUGAUUAAUGAAUGUGAUAUAUUUAGUCUAGUUAUUUCAUGGGCUAAAGGAUAAACUACUGGCUCUAUUUUAUCAUAUAUAUGAGUUUAUGUAAAUGUUUUAUUAAUCAUUAUGUAUAAAACCAUUAUACAUUUUAUUGCAUUAGCCUUGUAGUUUUUCAUCAGAGUGCAACAUUGAGAAUACUCUAAUGGGAUCAUAUAGGAUUCUAUGAAUAUUCCUUAUACUGUAAUUUUUUUUGGGGUAUGUUAUUAUUUAAAGUAAUUUAGUCAAUAUAAGUUUUUUAAUCAAUAAAUUGAGGUAAUUGGUUCCAAGAAAAAAUUUAAUGUUUGAGUUUCAGUCUGUCUGCUACUCAUGUUUAAUCACAGUCUAGAUGGGUUACUGGAUUUAUCGAAUAAUGUUGUCACCUAUUGUAGACAUGUCUGCAUAAUUGAUGGAGGUAGGAGACAUAAGUGUGUUAAUAUUUUUUUGUUGCCAAUCAAAUGGGAAUGUUGGUUAAUUUUAUAAUUCUUUAAGAAUUAGAGUUAAUCUGUAGUUGUCACCUUUUAUCUGUCUCAUCUAACGAACCGUUUUAUUAUUAUUAUUAUUUUUUAAAGUAUAUUUUAUUUGUUUGGUUUCUUAUGUCAGAAAGUAUGAAUGUCACUCAAAGUUUAUUAAAAGGAAACAUAUAAUCAUAUGACUUUCUUGCCAGAUGAAUAGUUGUGUCAACAUUUAUAAACUGUUAUUAUAGCUUCAGUUAGAUUGGAUGUACUAUACACAACACUGCAGAAAAUUUACUGUUUGUACUUUAGGGGGCGACACAUUUUAUGAAUCAACCUUUCUGAAACUAAAAAUUGAUAGUGAGAGUGAGGGCCAUUUGUAUUUUUAUUACUGAUUGUUAAUUUUUCUGCGUGUUCAUUUAUACGUAUAUUGCCAUUUUCAAAGUAUAAGAGAGCAUAUUCAAAUUGCAUCCAAGCUGCUAAUGUUAUGUGUGAGUAGUAGCGAUUGUUAUUCUGACCAGUCAUGAGAGGUCUGUCUGCAGCACUCACCCGUGGGACUCUUACUUGCUCCAAUUGAAUUGGCCACUUCCCAAACCGCAACUGUGUCGCUAUCUAGACUGCCCGUUAAAUACUGGACAGGUGAGAUUAUUUUAUUUUAGCUCAAUCUCCUAAAGGUUAAUAAAUGUUUACUAAAAAAUUUUUAAAUUCUUACUAGUUGUUCUAACACAUUAGAGUUUGUAUUCUCAAGUAAAGUAACAAUUUUUUUUUCUUUCACAGCUGUAAGAUUCAUUAGGCCCGAAAAAUUGUUAGUAUAGACGUGUGGCAGUAUAUACACUUGAAAGCCACAAAGUAGUUCUUGUAAAGCUAUUAAUUCAACUGUUUAUAAUUAUCAAUUUUAAAGAUUGCAUUAGCACCUCAGGUAAUUUUGAUUUACAUUUCACACAUUAAUACUAAAAAUUAAAAUACCAGAAGUCACUGAAACAUACUAGCAAAAUUGAAUAUUUUGAAAUCAACUGAUAAUUGUAUGGCAGUUCCUAUCAACAACUGCCCCAAAUUCAGGACUGUCUUUCACCUGGUGCAAAAUACAUUUUGAGACAUAUUUACAGUAAUAACCUCUUAAAAAAUCCCACUUGAGAAAAUUUUGUUCAUAAUAAGUUUUAAAAUUUAGCACUUGAGCAAUAAUACUGACAUUUUUUUCCCUUUCAAUAAGAUGUCAUUGCCAAGAACUCUAAAUUUGUAGGUACCUUGAGAAACAUUUAAAAAGGGUUUUAUUGUUAUUAUUUUAUUAAUUUCUUGAUUGAAAGAAAUCACUCAGGAUUAAUUGGAACAUGUUUAGAUUAGCUUAAAAUCAUCUUACAGUUGCUAUAAAUUAACAUUUUUUGCUGUUUUGGAUUGCCAAGUUUUUUAUUUUUAUAAAAUUUUUUUAAUUAAGAGGGGAGGGCACAACUUGGAAAAUUCACUUUGGGAUGAGACUGAGACUUGGUGUAUUAUGUAUUUGUAGUAUAACUUUAGGGUGUUCACCACACUGGCCAAACAAUCCGAGUAAAAAGCCUUUGAAAAUGUAAUCACAGUUUAUGUAGUUAAGUUUCACUCUGGCCAAUAUAACAAAUCUACCAUUCACAAAUAUUAUUAAUUUAAAUAUAAAUAAUUUUAUUUAUUAAGAAAUAUUUUUAUUUAUCGGAUAUAACUUUAUAUUUAAAUUGCAGUAAUAAUUCCAUCUUUCAAAUAUAAAAUAAUAAUUGGGAUGAUAAUAAUUAUAAAUAGUGCUUAUAAUAAUUAAAAUGUUGGAUUUUUUAUUAAUAAAUUUAAUUUUAAUUUUUAAUUUUACAGAUAAGAACCUGGAUGAUAAUUAUUAUCAUAAAAAAAUUGGCAAACAAAAAUUUUUUCUGCAUAUUGCACAAUUAACAAAAAAUGUUCGUUUAAGUGUGCAACAUUGUUGAAGUAGAUGUUGUAAAACAUACUUCAUUCAUCACAUAAUAAACUGGCAGUUUUCAGAAUAUAUAGAGAAAUAAGAAUGAUCAAAUUGUGGAAAAAUGAUCUACAAUAGUGGGGGUAAGCAAAAUAAGUUACCCCAUUAUCCUUUUCAAUAGAAACUGAUGGAAACGCAACUAGGUUAGGUCAAAACCAAUUUCAGCCAAAUAUUUUGGAACUUUUUAAAUAAAAUAUUUUAAUACUUUUUAACUACAAGAGUCAUUUGAAUUUUAUUUAUAACUAUUAUUUAUUAUUUUACAUCUGAAAUAUUGAUUACUGUAAUUUAAAUAUCAAGUGCUAUCUAAUAAAUAUUUCUUUAAUAAAUAUAAUUAUUUAUUUUUAAAUAAUAUUUGUAACCAGAUUUAUUAAAAAAAAAUUAUUAUUAAAAAAAAAGGCACCGUCGACAUCAGCGAGAAUCGAAGAGUGAAACAUAACUAGUAUGUAUUGUGCUUUAAUUUUCCAAGGCUUUUUUCUCGGUAUUGCCUGGCCAGUGCGCGUUAUUGUUUUAAGGGGUGAACACCUACAAACCUACUAUUAAACGGAGUCUCAUCCUGAAGUGAAUUUUCCAAGUUUGCCCACCCCUUGUUAGAUGUUUUUAAAUGUUUGUAUUUUUCAUUAUGAUUUUCCUUUGUUAACCAAAAGACCAAAAGUAUAACAUGUUACAAAAAACACUGCAGUUUUUGUGUGACUGAAAAAGACUGAAACAUAUGAAAUGUUGCACUGGUUUGUUUCAUUACAUUUCUGUAUCAUUUCAGUAAAUACUUUAUAUUUAAAAUGCUUGUGUGCAUAUUUACUAGGAGGAAAUUGUAGACAAUGAACUAAUUUAAUGGUAAAUUAUUAGGAGAUGGAAAAUUUAGCAUCUAUUGUUUUCCAAAAUUAGCAUCUAUUACUUUAUAAAUUAGCAUUUAUUAUUGUGAAACUAGCAUUUUUACGGCAACUUAUUUAAAACUUAUAGUUUACAUUUCUCAAUAUUUGUAAAAUAAGUAUUCACAUAUACAAAUAUCUACAAAUAACCCUCUAUUUUAGUUUUGUACAAAUAACAUUUUUUCCGAUGCUUUUCAAAAUCAAAACCACUAUAAAAAUGUAAUGCUUAUUUUCCUUAAAAACUUGGUACUGCAAUAUGCUAGUAAACAUUUAGUUGCAGGUUUAAUUCAUAGAAUAAUACACAAAUCAACUGGAUUAAUUGAGUAUGACUUACAUUUUUAAGUUAUUUAAGUGUACAUAACUUGACUUUAUCACAGAGAUAUGAAAACUUACGUAGAGAACAAUUACCAGAAACUCACCACAAGGUUCAAGUGAAAAAUUUUGGGGAACUCCCAAGUACCUGCAUUACUGCUGUGGUUUAUUGUGCUAAAGCAAAAUGCAAGAGUGCAGCCCGUUCUCAUCUUUAUGGCCAAUUAUACACCUUUCGUUUGCGAGAUAGAAAAUCUGCAGCAAAGAUGAUGGGCGUGUUGUGUUUGUGUAUUAACUCAAGUGCUAAUGAGUCCUACAUGACAGAUAUAAAUUAAAAUAAUUUAUUUAUACAUGCACAUGUGUCCUAGACAAACUGCAAGGAAUGAAUAUAACGUGAGUCAGGUCGCUGAAAGUCUACAACACUGGGUUGUUUCUUUUUAAGUGUGAAAAGAUUUAUUUUGUACAAUAAUUUUGGGAAUUGUUCAGAAAUAUGUAGCAGUUACGUAGCAUUUUACAAAGGAUAUUUUUACAGAUGAUGGACAUUUUAAACUAAUUUAGUUUAAAAAGAGCAUUUAUUUGAAAAAUUAGCUGAAACAGCACAUACGUUGGAAAUAAGCAAAAAAAUAGUAUCUAAAGUGUAAAUGAGCAAAAAAAAAGCAUCUAUAGCAAGAUGCCAAUUUUCCAGCUCCUAUAAUUUAUUUCUGGCUGUUUGUGGCAACUUUUUAAGUUUUAAGUUUUAGCCACACUGACUUUUGUUGUACUUUGAGUGGUCAUUUUCAUUUUUAUGAAAAUUUAAGUAAGGGGUUGUGGUUUAGUAAUAACUGCAGGUUACAUAAUUAUAUUAAUUAUUAACAGUGACUUCAGAUUUUUUUGCCAUACCUGAUUAACUUCCAAAUUUAACUAUCAACAUUUAUAUUAUUUCAUAACGUGAACCAACUCAAAUCUAAAAAUCUGUUUUUCUCUUCUUGGUGUAAGUAGGGUUUCAAAUUGUGUUAAAAACCCCAAAAAGCCCUUUAAAAAAUUCCGUUCAGCUGUAGUGGGCUUGACGUGUAUCUAUCGGUGUCAAGUUAAAUACAAUAUAAUCAAAAACAGUGAAAGUUUGCAUUUAAAUAUAAUUAAAAUUAUUUUUAUAGUGAUAAUUUUACAUUUUUUUUCCCUUAUGUAAUAUGUGAGUUCAAAUAUUUUUGUAUUAAUCAUGUUCACACUUAUGGUAUAGAUUUUUCUUACUUUUUAGCAGUUUUCAUCCUUUAUAGUUUUAAUGUUUGUUGUAUAAUUUCAUGUGAAAACCGUGUAUAUAGUUUAUCUUAAUUUUAAUAUGCCUCUCCUUUUAAUACGUGCAAAAGGUUCAGGUUCCAGGAAGUGUGGUGGUGUGAUAAAUUAACUUUAGGAAACAUUAAAAGUAACAAGUGCAAUGGUUUGAAAGUUAUAUUAAAUAUUUCAAUCUAUUUUUUUUGUAUAGCUGCGGAGGUACAUUUUAUGUUAAUUUCUAAUGUCAGAGUGGGAAUGCACAUAGAAUAAUGAUGGUAGAAAUAUGUUUCAUAUUGAGAUGUUACUAAACACGUUUGUUUUUGAUUGGUAACUUUGUCUUUUGUAAAAAAAAAUAAUAAUUUUCCAACCAAUGUUUUAUAUGAUUAACUUUGUAUAUAAAGUAAAAAUAAAUUUCACUUUUUAUAUAAAUUUUUUUGUUUAUAAAAAGUUCACUAAAGUCAGUGUAUCAAGCUCGUUAUAGUACGUGAAGAACAUAGUUGCCUGAUAUUUAAAGCAGGCAUUAGCUAGCAUAGUAUUUUAUAUAAUUUCUUUUUUCUGUAUUGUUUCACUGUGUAAUUUUGUAUAUUAUUAAAAGUUAUUAGUUAUGUUAUUGAA